UCCAAGUCGUCGUCGCCAUGAGCAGCCUCGUCCGAACGGCGCUGGAGCUCUACGCCGAGCACCGCCGCGAGAAAUCCAAGCUCAAGCGCUUUCUGAGCUGGCUCACGUUCCUCUCGCUCUCGAGCUUCUUCUUCCACCCCGAUGGCAUGGUCUGGAUCGUUUUGCAGCACGCGCACACCCUUUUGUAUGACAUUGUUGCGCUCCUUGUCGCGACCAAUGCGACCUCGGCGGUCUUUUGCCUCGUUCUCUCGACGUGUUGUGCCGGCGCCCUCCUUCAUUGGCGCCACGACACGAGAGGCGCGACCCUUCAUAACCAGCGCACCCCGUCGUCGUCCAAGAAGGCCAGCAAGCGCAAAGAUCGAAAGGCCCGGCCCGCAGUUUUGAGUCCUCGCCGCGCGCCCACGUCACCCCGCGUAGCUCUAGUGUCGCCGCCGUCGACCCCGAAACUUGCCGAAGUCCGCAUGAGCACCACCGCCGAGCUCCCAUAUUCGCCACCCGCCCGCACUGUUAUCCCGGCACCGAGUCCCGUGGUCAUCAAGACCAUCCAUGAGCAACGAUUGCCGGAGGUCCGUCCAGCCCACGCCGUCAAGUAUCACAGAAGCCCACGCGAGGUCCGCAGUCCGAACCCCUCCAUGUCCAUGAACACGGUCCCGAGACUCCCCGUAAUCAAGUGCACGAAAGAGAAGAGCAGCAGCCAGCCCCGCACUGCGCCAACACCCAAACGCGAGAGGAUGGCACCGUGUGCUGAGCAAACGAGCGACGACGGCGCGAGCAGCAGCAACAACAACAACAACGAUUGCAGUAUCACAUCUGCCAACAUGACCUACGACUAUGACACCAAGGACUACCAUGAAAACAUAAAGAACGGGGAUGUGGCGCGCGCCUCGUCGCAGCCAUGCGACGAACCCCAGCGCGAAGAAGACGACGACAAUGCAGUAUUUAGAGCCACCGACGAGCCGCCAGCCACAGAGACCAACAAGCAGCCAGCGGACGAGCCACGAGCCAGCGAGAUCGACGAGCCAACAGCUACAGAAGAAGCGCGUGCCACCGAGAUCAACGAGCAGCUCGCCACAGAAACGGGCGACAUGCCGAGUCAGAAUGAAGCGAUUCGCGAGCCUCGAGGCGGCGCGGCGCCAGAGAUCGAUGUGCCGCUCACGAAGCCCCAGCUCUUUGCGUUUCUCGCCAAGCCCAAGCUGACAGUGCCCGACAUUCGACGCCACGUCGCAUCCGGCGCGAUCGACGAUGCGAUGGUGACGAGCAUGCCGCCGGCCGAGUUUGCGGCCGCCAAGAUCCCGCAGCUCGUCGUGCGCAUGCUCUUUAUCACGAUCAUGUCGAUGCGCCCGCGCGCGGUGUCGCCGCCGCCGACCUUCGCGCGGUCGACCUCAGCCCACGUGGCACCGCCCCCGGGCUUUGCCGCGAUCGGGACGCCGCCGCGUACGUACCACGCGCCGCCGCGCAGCCGAUCGUUCCCGGUUACCAAGGGGCCGAGCGUCCAGGAGCUGAACCACAUGUACGAGCGCGACAUGGAGCGCAUUUCGAACCAAAUGACGAUGAACGUCCUGGAUUGAAGCGACCUCCGUAAUGCACACGUCGUCCCUUGUUGUUCCAAGUUCUUUGUGCUCUUUCU